UUCGGGGCCCGCGUCGCGGGAGUGAGCUCGAAGGCCCGUGCCUGCGCCCCGAGACCGUGCGAGCAGCCUGCAGCGUCUUCCCUGCGCCCCUCGCCGCCGGGGACCAUGGCCUGCCCCGAGUUCGCCUUCCACGUGCCAAGCCUGCAGGAGCUCGCCCGAGUCCUGCAGAAGGGGCUGGAGGAGAACUUCGCCGACGUCCAGGUCUCCGUGGUCGACUGCCCGGACCUGACCCAGGAGCCGUUUGCCUUCCCGGCGAAAGGCAUCUGCGGGAAGACGCGGAUCGCCGAGGUGGGCGGCGUGCCCUACCUGCUGCCACUGGUGAACAGGAGCAGGGUCUACGAUCUCAAUCGGAUUGCCAAGGACAUCAAGCUCCCUGGGGCCUUUAUCCUCGGUGCGGGCGCAGGCCCCUUCCACACGCUUGGCUUCAAUUCUGAGUUCAUGCCCAUUGUCCAGACGGAAGGCGGACACCGGCCUCCCGUGAACGGAAGCUACUUUGCCCACAUCAACCCCGCAGACGGAGGGUGCCUCCUGGAGAAGUACAACGAGAAACACCGCGACUUCGGGUGUGCGCUGCUGGCUAACCUUUUUGCCAGCGAGGGCCAACCUGGAAAGGUCAUCGAGGUGAGAGCCAAAAGGAGGACCGGAAAGCUGAACUUCGUGUCCUGCAUGAGACAGACGCUGGAGAAACACUACGGGGAUAAGCCUGUGGGGCUGGGCGGCACCUUCUUGGUCCAGAAGGGCAGAGUGAAGACCCACAUCAUGCCCGCAGAGUUCUCCUCCUGCCCGCUGAAGUCCGACGAGGAGGUGAACACGUGGCUGCGCUUCUACGAGAUGGCGGCGCCCCUGGUGUGCCUGCCAGUGUUCGUGUCCCGGGACCCGGGCUUCGACCUGCGCCUGGAGCACACGCACUUCUUCAGCCACCACGGGGAGGGCGGCCACUACCACCACGACACCACGCCCGACGCCGUGGAGUACCUGGGCUACUUCUCGCCCGCCGAGCUCCUGUACCGCGUGGACCAGCCGGAGGAGACGCACUCCUUUGGGCGAGACUAGGGGGUGCUCGUGCGCCAGGGGG